GGGUGGCUGCUCCGGCUGCAGCCUCGGGGACGCUGCUGUCCUCCGCUCAAGCCGCCCGCUCCUCUCGGUCACUUCGCGCCGCUCCGGACGCUGGGGGCGAGCUUGGCCAUCAGACGUUCCCGGCACUGGCCGACCGGCGGGAGCACCUCCCCGCGCGCCCCGCACGCCCACUCCCGAGCACCCCCAAGCAGAGCGCAGCGCCAGGAGUACGGAAGCGGGCGGGACGGUCUCGAGUCCCUUACUCUGCCUCUCUCCGAUUCAAGACAGGUCUUCCAGGUUCAUCUCGAACAUGUUGGACGGCCUGAAGAUGGAGGAGAACUUUCAAAGUGCGAUUGAGACUUCGGCCUCCUUCUCUUCCUUGCUGGGCAGAGCUGUGAGUCCCAAGUCUGUCUGCGAAGGCUGUCAGCGGGUCAUCUCGGACAGGUUUCUGCUUCGGCUCAACGACAGCUUCUGGCAUGAGCAGUGCGUGCAGUGCGCUUCCUGCAAAGAGCCCCUGGAGACCACCUGCUUCUACCGGGACAAGAAGCUUUACUGCAAGUACCACUAUGAGAAACUGUUUGCUGUCAAAUGUGGGGGCUGCUUCGAAGCCAUUGCCCCCAACGAGUUUGUCAUGCGCGCCCAGAAGAGCGUGUACCACCUGAGCUGCUUUUGCUGCUGUGUCUGUGAGCGACAGCUGCAGAAGGGGGAUGAGUUUGUCCUGAAGGAGGGCCAGCUGCUCUGCAAAGGGGACUAUGAGAAGGAGCGGGAGCUGCUGAGCCUGGUGAGCCCAGCAGCCUCAGACUCAGGCAAAAGUGAUGAUGAAGAGAGUCUUUGCAAGUCAGCCCAUGGGGCAGGGAAAGGAACGUCAGAGGAUGGCAAGGACCACAAGCGACCCAAACGUCCCAGAACUAUCUUGACAACCCAGCAGAGGAGAGCAUUCAAGGCCUCAUUUGAAGUAUCCUCCAAGCCCUGCAGAAAGGUGAGGGAGACUCUGGCUGCAGAGACAGGACUGAGCGUCCGUGUGGUUCAGGUGUGGUUCCAGAACCAGAGAGCCAAGAUGAAGAAGCUGGCGCGGCGGCAGCAGCAACAGCAACAGGAUCAGCAGAACACACAGCGGCUGAGCUCUGCUCAGACAAAUGGUGGUGGGACUGCUGGAAUGGAAGGGAUCAUGAACCCCUACACAGCUAUGCCAACCCCACAGCAGCUGCUGGCCAUCGAACAGAGCGUCUACAAUGCUGACCCCUUCCGACAGGGUCUCACUCCACCCCAGAUGCCUGGAGAUCACAUGCACCCCUAUGGUGCUGAACCUCUUUUCCACGACCUGGAUAGUGAUGACACUUCUCUCAGUAACCUGGGCGACUGCUUCCUAGCGACAUCAGAAGCGGGGCCCCUGCAGUCCAGAGUGGGAAACCCCAUUGACCAUCUGUACUCCAUGCAGAAUUCCUAUUUCACCUCUUGAGUCUUCUAGAAUUUUGUGGCUGGGCUCCCAUAUGGAAUAACCGUACUGUGUGAGGGGUUGCUGACCUUAGGAUGGGGAAGCCAGAGACGAGGUGGGCUGGGGAGGGAUGUUUGUUGGGGAUGCUGUUGUAUAAUGAUGGUGUAGCUCAGCAUUUCCAAAGACUGGAUACAUUAUGGAUCGCAUAGUUUAAUGUUUCUAAGAAUCUUAGUGUUAGAUAUGAAGAUGUGUUUAUCAUUAAGGACAGGGACUUUUAAUAUAGACAUUCUCAAGCAAGCUAGAUACCUAGGGACUCCAACAGCUUCCCACCAUUGUGGAGAAGUGCUUGUCAAGAGGUGCCGUAUGUCUAUUCAUCUAUAUACCAAUAGACAGACAGAUAGACGCGUGUGUGUGUGAGUGUGUGUAACCUUUCAUACUUUAUCAUCAAAGUUUAUCCCUAAUUGUAACAGACACCAACUGUACAGCAAAAGUUAACUUUAUUUUCAGUGUGAACUGUAUUUAAGGAAAAUGCUUGAUGCACUUAAGUUAUAAAAUGAGAUAAUUUACUUUUAUAAACUUUAUUUUUAGUUUGGAGAGACUCAUCGGCAGGGUAGAGAGGGCUGCUCCACCUGGCCCCAUAGCUUUGAGUGCUUGAGUUCGUUGUGUUUUCAGGGUAUCCUUGAGGUCUAGAAAACAACUCCGUAUGGCUGGCAGCAUUCUAUAGUGGACUCUUGCUCAUUCUGGUUGAGUCACUGGGUCUGGGUGGAAUAGAGUAAUCCCUGAACAUGAUUUUAGGAUUGUUGGCAUGUGGUUGUUGGGCAGCAUCAACAAGGUUGUUUCUACCCCCAGACUCAGCCUCAAUGAGUGUGGAUGAAGUUAAUAGCCACACCUACCUCCCUCUCUAUGAGUGUGGAUGAGGUUGAUGCCACACCUACCUCCCUGGGCACACUGAAGCUCCACCCAGGACAUGAUCACAGUUGAGACUAAAUCUGAUAUGGCUUUAAAUGUAGCCAGACCAUGUGCCUGAUGAUGGAGGACACCUGGGACCAUAGAGCUGGAAGCCCCUGUAACCCAAGUCCUAUGCCUCUGUAUAGCCCACAUGGCAGAGACACAGCUCCAAUGGGUAGAGACAGAACUCCAUCUGAGAAGGUGGAGGAGGCAUAGUGGAUGGAAUUCUAGAGCAAGUGUAGACUUGCACAUCUGCUUUUUUUUUUGUUGCUGUUUUGUUUGUUUGUUUUUACUUUUUAAAGGGUCAUUUAAAAAGUGACUGUAUGCAUCUAGAAAGCCUGAAUUCCUUGUGAUCCUUGUUUGUCUCUUUCUUGAGGGUUCAUAGUCUAGAGUCUGUUUAUGAACAGCCACAUGGAGCUCACAGAAUCAGAGAGGACCAGGGAGCCCAGGUACCCAGGACUCUUCCUUUCAACUCACUUUGCUGACCUUGAACACAGGAAGACCCAACAGCCAUUGUACACAGGGACAGUUCCAUACCCUGAUCUCCAGUUAUGGUGCUAGGGUGGGAUCUUCUGUGUUAGGAUCCUCCUGGGGAAACGAGUGAGUCAUGGGGAAGACAGAAGUACUCCACUGAGAGGGGCUGUGACAGGCAUAACAUCAUGCCUGGGGUAUCAUCAGAGCCUUGAACACACCCACAUAUCCACUUCACUCUCUGCAAGGCCAGAGGAAGCAUGUCCCUUAGUGGUAGAGUCUGUGUUGUGUGAUUUUUUUGUGCUCUUCCUUAUAAUUUAUACAAACCAUCAGGAACCCCAAACCAGUCUGUUGAGUGAGAAUGAGGCAGGUGCAGGUGGCACCCAUGGUGUCUGUGUUGCUGAUUGGUUGGAGAAUGUAGCAGAUAUUAUGUGAAUGAAAACCAACAGAGAUCCUUAAUUCUACUCAUUAAUGACAUACUGAGAUGAAAUUAAAAACCUCUUACAAACAAA